AUGCCGCCUAAACGCCGUGGUCCUCCCACCAAGGCGCCGCCUGUCAAGCGCCCCUCGAAGCUCGCGAAAGAGAACGGCAUCACCGCGGCGCAAGAGGCGGAGAUUCGCGAAGCAUUCGGUCUUUUUGCCGUGUCGCAUCCCGAACAUGAAGAUUCUAAGGAGGGCGUGUUGAAGAAAAGCGAUGUGCGCAGGGUCCUGAUCUCGCUGAACCUCACACCUGACAAGUCCGAGAUGUCGUCUAUCUUAUCCACCAUCGACCCUCUCAACACAGGAUAUGUCGAGUUCGUGCCCUUCCUCUCGUACGCUGCGAUCGCUAUACACUCGAAGGAACAAGGGUCCGAUGAAGAGGACGACGACGACGAAGACUUCCAGGGCGAGAGCAACGCGGAAGAAGUUAGCGCGGCGUACAAGCUCUUUACACACGGCGCUGCGGGACCGAUAACGCUGGGGCAUCUGCGGAGGGUAGCAAAGGAACUGCGAGAAGACGUGCCAGACGAGGUCCUGAAGGAUAUGAUCAUUGAGGCCAACGGCGGCGUCAAGGGUCAGGAGAAAGACGUGGGAGGGGUUAGUCUCAAAGACUUUGAGAGCGUCAUGAAGAGGGCCGGCCUGUCUUUCGGUUGA